GACAUGGAAGCAAUGCAGGAUGACAAUAACAGGAUGCGAGAGGAAAUAGAAUCUUGGAAUUCUAAAUACGUAGCCUUAAAAAAAUUCGCUCUACAACAAAAAGUCCAGCUUCCAUCUGAAUUGGAAACGAUGUACACAUCGUAAUAUGGCAUACCAAUUUGGAUUGCCCACAAUGGCGCACGGCAUGCAGUCCGCGCCUUCACAAACGGCUGUCAUGCCAGCGUUCCCGCGAUUUGGUUCUGGCACUCAUCGACCCGAAUACCAGGAUCAAAGACUGACACGUGAAGCCAUGGAGCGCUACUUGCGCGAUCAGAGUGACUUGGUGAUUGUAGUUCUGCACGCCAAAGUCGCCCAGAAAUCUUACGGCAACGAAAAGAGAUUUUUUUGUCCUCCACCCUGUAUUUAUCUUUUUGGUGACGGGUGGAAAAUGCGACAAGAACAGAUGCUCCGAGAGGGCGAAUCUGAACAGACUUCGCAGCUCUGCGCCUUCAUCGGGAUCGGCAAUUCAGAUCAAGACAUGCAGCAGCUUGAUCUCAGCAAUGGAAAGCAGUACUGUGCUGCGAAAACAUUACACAUAUCAGACUCUGAUAAGAGAAAAAACUUCAUGCUCUCCGUGAAGAUGUUCUAUGGUAAUGGGCACGAUAUCGGAGUUUUCCAGAGCAAACGGAUAAAGCUCAACGGUGGCGGCGAUGUGGCAAUGCUGGAAUUGACUGGAGACAAUUUCACGCCGAAUCUUCGAGUCUGGUUUGGCGACGUGGAAGCGGAGACAAUGUAUCGGUGCCAGGAGAGCAUGGUGUGUAUUGUUCCAGACAUUUCCCUCUUCAGAGGCGAGUGGCUGUGGGUUCGUCAGCCAAGGCAGGUUCCGGUUUCUCUGGUGCGCAACGACGGCAUCAUUUAUGCGACCGGGUUGACAUUCACCUAUACUCCUGAGCCAGCUCCACGUCCACAUUGUCCUCUGGCAGAUGAAAUUUUGAGGGCACCCCGGCCCAUGCAUAACCAAGCUAGCAUGCCGCCAGAUAUGGCUGACUUGCCUUGGAGUACGCACUAAUCAAGGCAUGCGGGCUUCUGAUAUUUUCAAGGCCACUGCAAACCGAACGAAAUCACUCUGAGUGAUUUCAUGAAUUGUAUACCUGCUGUGUUCUAAAACGGUAGUGAUUCUUGCAUAUGAUAUUAAAGAGAGAGUAUUGGAGAUGAAGAGAGUAUUUUAGAGGAACUCGCAUACUUGCAGGAGAGGAAGCAGGAAGAUGGCGCUGUAAAUCUAAUGUCCAAGAUUAUAAUGGGGAUGUUACAUGAAAUGAGAUAAAAUAUUUUGAUUCUUUGGUAGCUCAUUAUUAUACUCCAAGAAGAAAUAUUUUUUUAUUGAAUAAGAAACACGUUUUUUUUCUUAAUAGAGUUUGAAUGUGGCUCCCUUUUGCCAAACGCAUAGAUUUGUUAUAUCUCUGUGACGUUAUACUUAGCGGGAAAAUUCGAACCAGCUCCAGAGCUCCUCUGGGGAGAGUUGUGUCCCAUUAGAGUCUUCUACUAGCCGACGUGAAACCGGAAUCGGAAAUACGUAGCGAAGCGCGAAAUAUUUGAAGUAUUCUUAAGAAGAGGUUAUAUGUCAUAAUAUAUUUUCGUGCAGUGCUUGUUGAAAAAAUAAGAUUUUUAAAUGAAAAAACAA